AUGGCGGAUCCGAUAACCAGUUUUCCCCCGGGAUCCUGGGUCUUAGUCACUGGUGUGACGGGCUUCGUUGCAUCCCACAUAGCAAAAGCCUUUCUCGACCGCGGAUUCAAAGUUCGGGGGACAGCCCGAAACUUAGAUAGGGCAUCAUGGCUCACAAAGGCCGAUCUCGCGGACGACCACGCUUUUGAUGAGGCGAUUAAGGGGGUAUCUGCCAUCAUUCAUGUGGCUAGCAUCCUCACCUUUGAUCCAGAUCCAAACAAGGUUAUACCCAAGACAGUGGCUGGCGCUACUUCGAUUCUCAAGGCCGCAACUCGAGAGCAAUCGGUCAAGGCGUUUGUUUAUACGAGUUCUAUUGGAGCCGUUACAAUGCCUAGACCUGGGAAUGAUACCCAAGUUACAUGGGAUACCUACAACGAUUUUGCUACCCAAGCCGCCUGGGCGCCACCUCCUUAUGAGCCUUCUCGCGGCAUGCUUACAUACAUGGCGAGUAAGGCAGCUGCUGAGAAAGCAGUAUGGCAGUUCGCAGAGGAAAGAAAGCCACACUUUACUGUCAAUUCGGUACCUCCAUCUGCUAUAAUGGGAGAGGCACUCAAUAAAGUCCACAACGAGGGUACUGGAGCCUGGAUCAGGAAUCUUUACGACGGAGACACAUCAUUUUGGGGUCCCCAUGGCGCUAAUGAUGGGGUGGAUGUAAAGGACGUAGCCGUGCUGCAUGUUGCUGCCGCCUUGGAUCCUGAGGUUAACAAUGCCCGCCUUCAAGCUUGGGGUCACAAGUGCAACGGUAAUGAUGUUCUAGCGAUCAUGCGCAAGCACUAUCCAGAGCACAAAUUUGUGGAUGACAUGGAUAACCAGACCGUUCUCACCUUUUCAGCUGACUUUAGUGAGCCUCUAGCUCUUCUGAAGAAAUGGGCUAACCAGGAUGGAUGGAAGCCGCUGGAACAGACUGUGGUGGAGAACGUGGACAGCAUUCUAAAAUUGAACAAUGAUUAA